CUAUAUCUUCUCCAUGAUCUGCAUAACAAAUUAGAUAAUCUGAAUCCUUCAAUCAAGCCUUUUCUUAGUACUUCUAAAGCAAAAUAUACUCCUACUCAUUGCCAUAAGAGUACACAAGAUUUUAUUGACAAAAUCCAGCCACUAUUCUUAGUUUUAAGGAAGCAUCUGGAUGGAGCAGUUUCAAUGAUCAAAGAUGAAUCAGAGAGUUGUUCAGAUGACUGGAGUUCACAUUCAUCUUCUGCUGGCAACCCAGACAUACCAUAUGUGGUUGUCUCCAAGUCAUCAAUUAUGACUGUUGUAUGCAAGGAGAUUCUUGCCUGCUACAGGAAGUUACUUGGCAUUCCUGAUCUGUUGAAUCAACCAAACAUGUCAAUUCUGAAGCAACUUUUGCAGACUUUACAGCCAACUGAAAAUUUUGAUGAUGUUCUUUCCGAGUUCCAACCAUCUCUUGCUCCUUGCAAUGUUGAUUACCUGUAUUGUGGAGCAUGUAAAAUAUUGGAGGAUAUUAUGGAUUCAGUGUCCUCAUUUUCAUACCUUCUGUCUUCUGAUGUGUUAAUUACUAUACAAUCAAUUGUAAAUUCUGUUGUUGUGUUGUUGGACAAAUCUGGGGAACCAAAUGGGAAAAAUAUACACAUGGGAUGCUCCAAAGCAAUCAUUCCCUUUCUGCGAAAGCGUCUUGGAUACUCAGCUCAUAAGCUGCUCAGUGCUGAUUUCCCUAGCGAAGAUGCUGGAAAAGGAUGGCAGAGUAAAGGUGAUCUUAUACAGAAGAUAUUGCAAAUAUACCUCAGGAAUAGUGACUCUACUUCAGAUCUACUUGCUGAGAUAGGUCGUGAAUUGCCUAAGGAACCUUCGCUCAAAACAAAAGAUAACCAAGAUGUAUCGUAUGGUUUUCCAACAUUGUGUUCCUCCACUAUUACCUCUUGGUACCGUGUGCUUCACGAGGAGAACACAAGGAGUUUAAACAAGACGAUCAAACAAGCACUGAAGGCUAGAGGAUCAGUUGAUACUAUUCUUCAAGAGAUUCAGAAAUCAGUGGAUGCAUUUGUCUCUCUAAUAGGAAUGUGCAAGUCCCACGAAAAGGUUUCUAUGCAUGCAAUGGCAGUUAAACAUGGGGGGAAAUUUAUUGACACAUUUCUGAAAGCCUUCAACUUUCUAGAGAGACAAUUCAAGCAACAUAAUGACACCAUAGUUAAAAUGCUAAAACAACUCCAGAAAGGAACAAGAAUAAUCCAAUCCAUAUGUUCAGAUUCUAAGCACAAGGACUUGCAAGGCCAUGUGGUGAGCUCUCAGGCAUAUGGGAACGUGGAUGAGGAAGAUGAGGAGCAGACGGAGAUCGACUCCGACCUUCCAACUGAUGAGCAUGAUAAUGGCAAUGCCAUGGAGGAGGAUGCUGUGGAAGGAACAUCUCUGGUUAUCUGGAGUUGGCGGUGGCCUUUUCAUUCAUGGUUGCCUGCACUCAUCCUCGGAGGGUUGCAGCAAUGUCGGUCUCCAGGUGUGUGGUGGAGGGAGAUGGAUGUUACUAUUAGGGAAGAGCUCCAGCCUCCAGGCAUGCGCCAGUUUCGCCAGCAGUACACAGUGAGACUCAAGAGGAUGUGGGCCGUCGGGUGCGCCGACUGA